CCUGCGGGAUCCUCCCGCUGAGGCAGGUAAGUGCCGGGAUGGGCGUGACUUGACUCGGAGGACAACUUCAGAAGAAGAACUCGGAGGAGUUCUUUCAGCUUCUGCCGAGUUCACUUCCUCUCCUCAGAGCAGCCCAGCAGCCAAGCACAAGGAGAAGCACGCACCGGGUGAGGACAGGAAGGCAAGCGGGUGACCCGCACCAUCGUGUCGCUGGUGGCGUUGACAGGAAUAGCUUCAAACAGAGGGGCCGGCGAGUUUGUUUUCUCGCUGAAGGAAACCACCGGCUUCCACCACUGCCACAGCCUGCCAGGAGAGCUCCCCGAGGAGCAGCCAGGAGCAGCCUGAGGCGUGCAGGUGCUAGGAAGACCUCGCUGCAGUGAGGGCUGGUUGUUGCUGAGGAAAGCAAGAUGAGUUCUGUGGUUCGUGCCAGUCCCAGUGAGCUCACGGCUGGGCUGAAAAGCCAGCGUAGCAUCACCUUUCCUUUGUUAGAAGAUACAGCAAUGGAGAACCUCAAUGUCCCAUCCCCAGAUCUCAGUGAAGAACAGCAAGACAUUUUCCAGAGGGCUUUUAUUGCUGAUGACAAUUACUUGGAGAAUCACGAGAAAAUGAACCAGUCCUUCUGCGAAACACUUGUAAAAAGUUUAGCCACCACUGACCCACCGAUCCUGACUACUGAAGAGAAGAACAAUCUCCUCAACAGAUGCAGCGUCCUGCCUGGGGGCUGCACAGCCUGCCUGAAAGCCAUAGAGACGAAAGGUGCCAGGGCACUGGCAAUUCUUUACCUUUUGUUGAAGAGUUCCAACCCAUCUGUGUAUCGGCAGCUGCCCAGUUCCAAGGGAAAGGAUGAAAAAUUAAAACUCCUGAAGAGAUUGGAGAGGAAUCUCAUGCUUUUGCAAGAGGAUAAAAGGGCUGAAAACUCAUCCCAGGAAUCUAUGGAGGAAGAUACACAAGACAGUGAUGAAGAAGGUUUAGGAAGACGGAAGACUGAAGGCCGACUGCUUGGAGGUAUACCAGCUGACGUUGUUCCCUAUGGAGAUUCAAAAAUUACCAGAAGAGAAGAUUCAAUUGCAGAUGCAUGUGAGAGCAAGAACAUUCACCCUCAAUGGUGGGCAGUUCGGUGGAUGGGCAUACGGAAGGACGAUGAAUUCUUUCAUUUUGUUAUUCUUUGCUUUGCAAUUGGAGCUUUACUAGUUUGCUACUACUACUACAAAGAUUGGACAAUUUCUCUUGGAAUUGGUUUGAUCACCUUUGCUUCCCUGGAAACCACUGGGAUUUACUUUGGUCUAGUGUAUCGAAUCCGGAGCGUGCUCGACAGCUUUGUUCCUCUGAUCGAGAAGUUCAGGCCAACAGGUAUGAGGAAAGCUGCCUAGGAGUAUUUCAGAAGAAUUCGACAAAACUCUGCUGUUUGGAUUUACAGUACUGAAGGAACUGCUUUAUAAGGCAGCCAUAAAAUCAUAACAGCUAAUACAAAACACUGAAGUGUUAAACAACAGAAAUACAUUCAGUCCACUCAAAAAUGAAGUUAAAACGGAAGAGAUUUGUAGCUCAGCAGAGCUCGUAAGAUUAUUUAGAUCCAAGUUUAUAUUUCAUUCCAUUAAAUAUAAGCACCUUCUCCAUCCCCCCCGCAUUUCCUCACAUUAAGUCUAGCCAUAGUGUAUCAAAAUCAACAAGACCACCAGAGCUAUCCUCAGCUGCUUAUGGAUGUUUCAGUAGGAAUCUUGGCACCAGAAAGCCACCUCCUCUUUGCCCUUCUGAUGCUGCAAGUCAGGCAAACACCAGCUGCUUGCUUACACAGUUGAGCCCCAGCAGUGCGAUAGCACUGAAGCAGACUAAUUGAUUGUGGCAGAACUCAAUAUAGUGGGCAUAUAAUAAUUUCACCCAGUGAAAGCUGGGCAAGAUUUUACAUGCAGUGACAUAAUGGUGCAUUAAUGAGAUUGUUAACAGCAGCAAGUUUCCUCUUGGAGGAGGAGAGAAAUAAAAUGCUCGGUUUGACCCAUCCCCUUCUUUUUUCCUUCUGAUAAAAUAAAAUAUAUAUUUUUCAAGCUUGUAGGGACACAUUACGUAAGCAUUAUGUAAAAUACACUAUAAUAUUUUAAUUAUUCUCUUCAAUUUUUAAUCAAUUAUAUGCAUAUGUAGGACUAACACAAACAAAACAAAGCAAAAAAAAAAAAACCAAGCAGGUUAUCUUCACACUUGUAGUAAAAACAUAAGGUCUUCAAAACCACAGGGGAAGGCAUCAAAUCAGACAGCACCAUAAAACGUGAAAUUGUAAGAAAAGGCAGACCUAAAAAGCCAUUAGCCCUAACGGCCCACUUUUAGUUCAGCGAAACAUUUUCAAGCCUUCCUCAGAAAAUUAAAAAGCUUAAUUUUAGGAGUAGUACUUAACUUUAAGCACCAGUAUCUAUCAUUCUGGUCUAUUGCAGUUCCAUUUGCACACUCAAACAAUCAUGUGCAGGCCUGUACCAACACAGCACAGCAGUUACCUAGCAUGUCAGGGAUUAAAUUAAGCAAUAAAGAUAAAUACAAGUUAUUUUGUAAUAUUUAUAUUCUCGUUUACAUGUACUUUUUAUAUAUUUAAAUACUUUCUCAUAUCAAAUUAUUGAUUGUUGUUUUCCGUCUGCAAAUAAAGUCUUGUUGAGACCAGUGUA